AUGGGCCGUGAAUGGCUGGGCUGGGCUGCCUGCCCAGGCCAGAAGCCCACACACAAAACCCGCAGUGAUCGGCUGGCAGCCCACCUCGGAGCGCGGCAGCUGGGCUGGCGGAGGUGGCGCGGAGGAUGGCUCCCGGGCAGACACAGCUUCUGUAGGAGGAAGAGCGAUCAGUCCCUGAGCUCCGGCAGCCCCGGCGGGUCGGGGUACCGCCUCCGGGACCGGGACCUUGGCAAGAUCCACAGGGCCGCCAGUCGCGGCAAUGUGGCCAAAGUGCAGCAGAUCCUGUUGCUCGGGAAAAAUGGCGUGAAUGACACGGACAAAAAGAGCAGGAGCGCUCUGCAUCUGGCCUGUGCCAAUGGCCAUGCAGAAGUGGUAAAUCUCCUGGUAGAGAGAAAGUGCCAGCUGAACUUCUACGACAAUGAACAAACGACAGCUCUGAUGAAGGCUGUACAAUGCAAGUCAGAGGAAUGUGUAACCAUUCUGCUACAACAUGGUGCUGACCCACAUAUUGCGGAUGCCGGUGGCAACACGGCUCUCCACUAUGCCGUCUGUGCGCAGCAUAUACCAAUAGCAGCCAAACUGCUUUCAUACGAUGCAGAUAUUGAGGCAAGAAACAAGGAUGACUUGACACCACUUUUACUUGCUGUAAAGGAAAACAAACAGCAAAUGGUGGAAUUUUUAGUAAAGAAAGAAGCAAAUAUACAUGCAGUUGAUAAGGCAAAAAGCAGUCACCAACUGAUUUCUGAGUAUAAAGAAAAAAAGCUACCUGUGAGUUCCUCUCAAAAUAAUAAUCCAG